CCCGGAAGGCGCAAUAAGGCAAUUGAGGCGGACCAUUUUCCCCAUGGCCAGAGCUAAUGACGACGAGGCGCUGCGUCGCCGCAGUCGCGCACGCCCUCGCGCACCUCCGCCCACGUCCAUCGCCUCCAUGUACGCGCCUAUUGACGCCCCCAAUGGGCCGCCAGCGCGCUCGUCCAAGAUGAAAAUGGCGUCACUUAUGGCUGUCGUGGACGAGGAGAGCAAAAACAAAAGAGUCAAGGUCGACGACCAACAAUCCGAUGGCUGGGCGCCGCGCAACGCGCCCAUCAGUAUCAGCAGCCUCACAACAAGCAGCGAAUCUCCAGCGUCUUCGCUCUUCCAACACGAGAUGCCGACCAUCAUUCCGAGUUUCAGUCGUGACGCAGUUGAAGUCAAUGGAGAGACCAAGAACGGAGCAGCCAAUGGAGACGCGAGUCCAGCAGCCACGCGCUCCGUGUUGGACUAUUAUUUCCCUUCAGGCAGGAGUGAGAGUAAUGGAUCCAGUGGUAAUAGGUCGCUCAAGAGGAAGAGGAGGAGCUCUCGACGGGAUGAGCUCACAGCAGACGUGGAUUUGCUCCGAUUCGGAGUAGAUGCCGCCAAGCUAGUGCCUCAGGGCCUCGUGGACCGCGUGGACGCGCAUAUGAGCCGCGCGGUGCUGCUUAAAGUCGUGGAUAACCACGUGACCAAUUGGUGCAAUCGCUCAGGCUUCGCCCCCAGUUUCUUACAAGAAAUCACGACGCUAUUAGCUGCGUAUUAUCCGUGCAACUACCCGACGUUACUGGACGAAGUACUCGCGGGUUUCUUGUUCAAAAGACCUGAAUUUAUGGACUUAUUACUACCAGCAAUGCUCGAGAAAAUGAGUAAAGCCGGUGAGUCAGUGUCCACCACCAAGUACCCAGUAGCAGACGCACUAGUGAGGAUGUGUGGCUCUCCAGUGACGACGGCACGUCACGAUUUGGCCUGUAGGUCACUGCUCCGCUGUCUGGUAGAGCACAAUGGAGACAGAUUCGCCCUUAGUCCCUGGAUUGCAGCAUGUGCCAUCGAGUCCAGUGACGGAGUCCUGCAGAGCCUAUGGAGAGCGCUUCUGCCUCGUACUCAAGAGGCUGAGAACUGGAGAAUUGAAGACCCAGGGCAGCAGAUCGUGGAGCUAUUGGCGGAAGAAGGCAAGCUACGUGUGUGUCAGUUCUCGUGCGGAUUCGUCGAGUUGCUAUUAAGCGACGAUGAGUUGAAGAAACAGCUGGAGGGCUCGCAGUCGUAUCUGAUCCCGGACUGUCUGGAGAGGGCGUUCAAGUACGCGAGCACGAGCUGGAGCAGCUCGCUGAUGACGGAAUGGCUAGAGCGGCGACGGAAGCACAAGGACGCUGGAUCGUUGAAAGAUUUGGUGGGGUUCUUUGUUCGCUUCAAUGCCAAGUUGAGUGUCAAGAAGCCAGAAUGGUUUGUCAAUCACGUUCUGAGCUUCGCUCUCUCUCCUCACUGUCCUGUAGCAGAGCAGGAAUCGGUCCUGCGAGCGAUCCUAAGCGAUCACAUGUCCUUCCUGUUUGGCACUCAGUCGCUAAAGAGCGAGCAGAACGGAUCGAGUGAAGCCUCAGCUGUCACUGACCUUGAUGUAGUGGGAAGCCAGUCAGUCUUGGAAGUGCAAAGCAAGCUAGAGCUCCUUGUCGGUCUCUUGGUUGCUGCCAAUGCUCGCACAAGUGCAUUAUUCCUGGACAUUUGGUCUCAAGCUUGGCUCGACAAGAUUCGUAUCCUGCCUUGGAGCUACGUCCACUCUCUACUCUGCGUAACUAUCCAAGGCGCCGUCGACGAUCGUAGUGCUCUUGGCCAGAAGCUGCAGAGCUUUACAACUCGAGUCUGCCGCUCCUACUACCGCCGCCUCAGUAAUGUAGACAAGGACGAAGAAGUCGCCAGCAAGUUCUCAGAGACGCUGAACCUGCUACUCCCGUCUAUACGCCCAGUUGCUGGUAUUUUGUUACAGGAGGUGUUAGCUGUACUCGCGGACUUGGCGCAAAAUCGCUCUGCUGACGCGUGCGCGAUAUUCGGCAACGCAGUCGCUCUACAUCUUGGUAAGUGUGGAGAGCCUGUGGAUAACAGCGUGAAGCGAAGCGUUGUACAAAAGUCGCUUGUAGAAUAUGACCGCUCACCUGCCAUUCCUGCCACGAUUGAUCUCCUGACGACGCUGAAGACACUGGCUUCGAUCAAGAACGACACUGGAGACUUUACUCGACGUGUACUUUCGAGAGGAUCGGUGGUGCGUUUGCUGUCAAGUCUACUGAAUUUUGGUCGACGGAGACGCAGACAGGAGAUGCUUCUGGACGUCAUGAAUGUCGUGGUAGUCAGCAACACAUCAGUGAAACUGAACAGGGACUGGACGCGCCAAUAUGUCGUACAGGAACUGGUACAUUGCGCGUAUACGGGUCCACCCAAUUCAGCGAGGAAAGCGACUGCAUUGUUGCAGAACAUUUUCCGACACAGCACUUGUAUCCCGACGUUAUUGUGGGUAAUUUUACAGCAGUGUACGAAGCUGUGCUGUGGACGUGAAGAGAAGGCGAAGGUCGACAACUUGAGCCUUAAUUCGGAGAACUAUCAAGGAAGAGCUGACACUUUCGCGGAAUUGGUGAAAGCGAUGGUGAUAGCUGUUCCUUCAAAUACAGUACGUGAAGUACUCUGCUUUGUGGAGCAGAAACUCGCUUCGUGUUCCAUUGGACAGACGCGAAUGAACCUGUUUCUAUUGCUGUUACUGCGGAAACUCGUCGUCUGCGAGCUUCAGUGUAGUGUUCUUCUUCCGGUUGUGCAACGUGCUGUUUGUCCACUGGCUCGCUCGGAUCUAAAUCACAUUCGGCUGAUCCAGUUGCAGUUGUUGAAGGCUCUGUGUACUCGACUUGUAGCCACCCGUCAACAUCCGGUAACGUCAAAGCUAUCACAUUAUGAAGACUGGAAACGCUGCGAGGAUCUGCUAUGCAACGAACGAUUACAAGCGGAUUUGCGCUCAGUAUUGAAGGGACGAACUGGUCGUGCCUCCGAAGUGUUGGCUCAGGGGAUUCUGGCUUGUACACACCGGCUCAGACAUGAGAGCUCCAUAGACGAUGAAGACGGGGCUCGAAGGAUACUGAAGAAAAGCAGAAUGAAAUGACCCAACAUGAAGUAGGAUAAAUAAAAUGCCGGGCUCAAAAUUCACUCAUCCAAGCUCGUCUCAUGGGUACGUGUCGGUGAGAGAACUAACAAUUUGUGUCCUGUCUAGCAAGCAUUCCACUGGAUUGUCUUUCUCUAUUGGACGCUCCCACGUGCACUUACCAGUGCGAAGGCUGUGGAAGAACCGCGUUGGCAUUAGCGACUGUGCUUCAGGAUCUUCCAUCUCUCGCCAUGACCCGCAGCGACGAAUCUCCUACAGCAGAGGAAGAAGCAUGAGGAAGGCGGUCACAGGGCGAUGAAGUGACGAAGGUUUACCGAUGAACGUGCGAGUGUGGUUGCUCCUGGUCCAGCAAAUCCGUACAAUCGACCUGGAGCUCGCUCGGACUGCAGACGCUGAAAAUUUGUGACGAUCAGAUCGUUGGUUGGAUCCAAGUCCAGUGCUCGACGAUAGAGAAGCUCAGCCUGGAGGUUCAAAAGCUUAGCAAAAUGGGUAUGAUGACAAGAGAACUGGUCGUACCUUGUCGAUGUCAAGGUGGACGCACUGGAGAUACACGGCGUAGUUCGCAAUGGUCUGUGGUACGUUUGUGCAAGAUUUAGACUUCUAUCACUUGGCUCGCAGCGGUGACAACUUACCUGAGAGUUUUUCGGUUGGAGAAGAAGAGCCCACCGGAAGAAGUAUAGCUCGAUGUCGUGUAACGUGCUGGUUAAAUCGUCAUCUGUAUCGCGAGCUUGUUGGAGAAGUGUCAUUGCACACUGCCACGACUUUGCCGCCGGAUAACGACACGAAAUGACGAGCAACAAUGCCAAGCAAACAAGCGUUUGAGGAUCUCUGGGUGAAAGCUGGCGGCAGGAAACGGGGUCAACAAGUUAGACACGACACUCAAGAACGCCACGACGUACUUUCAGUGCAGCCUCGUACACGGGAACGUGUAGUUGGAGAGCGUGAAGCUUUAUAUUCUCAAGCUGUCCAGGAUCAGUCAUGUUCAAGGGUUUCUGCGUGCUAUCAUGAUAGCGCAGAGCACUCGCCAGGUCGCGCAAGCUCCAUUUGUUCAUCCCGUGCCACAUCUUCUUACGAUACCAGCGCUGAAUUACAGUUGCGGCAAGGUUAUCGUUGAAUCGACUGCAGAUUCCGCGUCGUGGAUUAAAGAAUUGCACGUUGUUGUCCACGAGUUGCCACUCGUCUGGUGGUAAUGGUACGUCCUGAUCAAAGAGACUAAAGGGCUUUUGCUCCAAGACGAUGCGUUCACCUUGUAGAUACUGGAAAACGUAAACGAACCGACCACGCUCUCGAUCAAAUUGCUUGAAAUAUGCUGUCUACAGUGAUCCACAAGAUGAGUUUCUGGCCCAAUGUAUUCAAGACAAAAGACGACGUACCAAUGCGAGCUGAAGACGAAUUUUCCUCGCGAGAUGUUGUCUGAAGCGUGACUGAAUCUUCACAACCAGCUUCCGCUCAAGGUUAAUCACAGCAUCUCGCUGCCUCGACUCCUGUUCUUCUCGUUGUCGCUCGCGCUCCGCAAUCACGUGAGGCAUCAUGGAAUAAGUUGGUGUACGCACGCCAUACUUCAGGACGUAGCUGAUGAUACACUGAAACGCGAGGAGCUUGUGGGGGCCGGUCAAGAUACGAUGGAUUUGGUGAGGAAUGAACUGCUGCUCAUCACCAGUCCGUAGCGACUGCUUGUCGCUAUCCUCAGCUAUAGCUUCUUCGUCUUCAUUGAUUCUCAAGCGCAUGGAUUGGAAACGUGAAAACUCGAGAACCAUGAGUAUAAAUGCAGCAUCGAGAUCGUAUCGGCGUUUAAUGGACGUGGCGGGUGUGUAUGUAAGAAGUUUGAAUGUCCCCACCCACUCCAGAACAUGUAUAAUAUGGCGCUGUACGGCCACCUCGUUAUCCUGAACUAGUUCAGACCGAACAGCUCCUUUGAAGAUGACCUAGAAUACAGCAGGACAAACGCACCAAACACCAUGAAUGAAAAUUGACAAGAAGGCAGUCAAGGAACUCGUACCUUUCCCUGUGAGGUAUCACUCGGAUCAGUGUAGCAGCGCAAGCUUUGCUGCAUCCCAUUGAGUAUGAACAGUCUCCGUGCGAGUGCCAGUAGCAUUAUAUUCGGCUUCAACACCGGAUAUGGAACCGAAUCUCUCACGACGGCAGCUUUUACUUGCUUAGUUUGCACCUGUGGAGUGACUGAACUCGAAGCCUGUUUCUCAGCCAAGGCCGCCGUUGUGAAUCCCAGCUGGAGCUGCAAUGAUUGUCGUUCAGUUUCUUCAGAGAUGAACUGAUCGAUUUCCUGCUGCGAGACACAGAACACGUGACACCAGGAUCGAGCGGGGUCGACGACUUCAAGUUCAUACUCUGCAGCUUUUGUACUGCUCAUCUCGAAACUGUCUGCUUGUUUUUCAGGGUCUUUCGAAGCAACGGGCUUGGCACGAUAAAGCGAGAAGCGUAGACGCCGAGUAUCCAAUGGAAAAAUCGCAACGCCAAUUCGUCGUGAUCUCUUUUCACGGAUUCGGUCACGUCUUGCAGCUCUUACUGCGUUCACUCGCUUCCACGCACUCAGGAUCCAAAGGUGGUGGCGCGUCCACUUUACUAAGCGAAGCCUCAUGCGGUCAAUGAAGAUUUUCCUCUCUACACGAAGACGUCGCAAUUCUGACCGAGCAUGAACUCUACGCUGCGUUCGAACGACAAUUUGACGUACACGCUGAUAUUCCAGAUAUUGUUUCCGUCCACGAACGAGACUCUGGAUUUCGGUAGCGGCCAUACGCUCCUCCUUCAUUCGUUGUCGCCGUCUCAAGUAUAUUCUCCAAGUGACGAAGCCGAUCCAGUUGGCACGCAGUCGAGUGGCAGCGCAGUACUUUAGCGCAUACUCUUGCAAGAGCUGUUGCUUGCGUUCGAUCCGCCAAGACUCCAUUAUUUCGUGCCAAAUGGAUGCCAAACAGGGCAAAUGGACCAGAGUUUCGAAGCAGAAUCGUCGUAAAGAGUCUUGCAAGCCACGAGCGUUCUCUCUUCGCCACAGCAACAUCGUGUGUUGAAUUCCAGGCUUCGUUCUAGUUUUCGUAUUAUCGCUGUAGAACUGCUGAGCAAGCCACUCGAUAGCACGUACGAAGCCGUUGAAAUCCAUUUCGUUGAACCCUGGUGUGGUCUUGCUAGCGAAGAGGAAAGCAGCGUCGCCAAUACUCAACAACUUGGGUUGGAUGUUGGUUUCAUACAAUAGUUUACUGAAUUUCACGCUGUCCACGCCGAAUGCCGGAGGGUGUGAUCGACAUAGCGUGUCGAAGAUUGGACGGAGAAUUACCGAGUACAAGUCGGUGGAGCUCACUGAAGGCGUCCAGUCAACGUCUUUACUCCAGAAUGCAGCUUCAAUGGCACGCUCUGCGGAGACCCAGGGGACUUUUACGCGGAAGAAAGUACGUAGCUGGCACAUUGGUGACUGGAAAUCAUACGUUGGAUGUUGGACGAAUCGAUACAGAUCCAACAUCCAUUUAGUGGGUAGUGCUGAGAUCUCUCGGUUGGUAUGGGCUUUUCGCGGUGUGAUGCGCCAGACGUACGCAUUUGUCAGUGUUACAAAUGACUCCAGUGGACAGGAUUCAUCACGUAAGAAAGCGAUUUCGAACACGGCGUGGGGGACUCCAGACUCGUCAUGCUCGGCGGUCACGAAGUUGAUGCGUGUGAAGUGAAUAACGUUUGGUUCUUCGGCCAUGACGAGGCGACAUGGAGCUUCAAGAGUGUUCUCUACGUCUUGACGGAACGGAGUCUUCAGUACUGCUGUUAUAGGGGAUUUAACGUCGACGACAGCGUACAGUGGCAUCAACCACUCCUUGUUGCUGUUGAAUUUCUACACACACAAGUCAAAACCGAGGUUAGAGAAUCGCACAAGUAAUGUAGUGCAAUGUGAAGUCUACCUUUCGAGGGAGUUGCUGAGGCUGCGGACCAUACGGUAUACUUUCAUCUCGAUCAUCAUCUUGCUCCUUCUGACGAUGUCUUGGCGGUUUACUCAGUGAUUUUACAUGCUUUUUCGUCCGCUGAGGUAGCUGGAAGAGGACUGAUGAGUCUUGCAGUUGCUGGAAGCACACGAAUGCUUGCCAAUGUGUGAAUAUUUCAACAAUGUGUGAGGUUGUCGAUAUUUCAAGUGGCUGGUGCAUAGCAUAAAUUUGUGGUUCCAUGGGAAUAGUGAUCGAUGAUCCAGGAGCUUGGAGAUUCGAAAUAUGAUCGGGUAGUCCUGCAUUGACGAGGCUUUGAGAGACCUCACAGUGGUGACGCCAGAACUGUGAUGAACAACUAUGUCGGCGGAUCUCCUUGGCGUGAAAGUUGCUUGCUACUACAAGAAGAGUAAAUGGUAGCAGUGUUAGUGCAGCGAGGUACCGUUCUUGUGAGACUGCAAGGAUUGAGCCUCGAUAUAUGAAUCGGAAGUUGCCUUGAGUAUCGACAUUGCUAAAUACUUGAAGUAGAUGUGAACUGAUAG